GUCAUCCAGGACGGAAAGAUCAUCUUCAUGCCAAAUGGGUACAUAACACAGUGUCCAAACCUCAAUCGCACUUGCCCUACCUGCAGUGAUUUCUUAAGCCUGGUGCAAGGAAUCAUGGAUUUACAAGAGCUUUUGGCCAAGAUGACUGCAAAACUGAAUCAUGCAGAGACAAGACUUAGUCAGUUGGAAAACUGUCACUGUGAGAAGACCUGUCAAGUGAGUGGAUUGCUCUAUCGGGACCAAGACUCUUGGGUUGAUGGUGAUCACUGUAGGAACUGCACAUGCAAAAGCGGUGUUGUGGAGUGCCGGCGGAUGUCCUGUCCCCCUCUCAACUGCUCCCCCGACGCCCUCCCUGUGCACAUCGCAGGCCAGUGCUGUAAGGUCUGCCGACCAAAAUGCAUCUAUGGCGGGAAAGUUCUUGCAGAAGGCCAGCGGAUAUUAACCAAGAGCUGUCAGGAAUGCAGAGGUGGAGUUUUAGUGAAAAUCACGGAAACGUGUCCUCCUUUGAACUGCUCAGAGAAGGACCACAUUCUUCCAGAGAAUCAGUGCUGCAGAGUCUGUCGAGGUCAUAACUUCUGCAUGGAAGCGCCUAAAUGUGGUGAAAACUCAGAGUGCAAAAACUGGAAUACGAAAGCGACUUGUGAGUGCAAGAAUGGUUACAUCUCUGUCCAAGGAGACCCCGCCUACUGUGAAGAUAUUGAUGAAUGUGCUGCUAAGAUGCAUUACUGUCAUGCCAAUACUGUAUGUGUGAACCUGCCAGGCUUAUACCGCUGUGACUGUGUCCCGGGUUACAUUCGUGUAGAUGACUUCUCUUGCACAGAGCACGAUGAAUGUGCCAGUGGGCAGCACAACUGUGACGAGAAUGCCAUCUGCACCAACACCGUCCAGGGGCACAGCUGCACAUGCAAACCAGGCUACGUGGGCAACGGGACCAUCUGCAGAGCAUUCUGUGAAGAGGGCUGCAGAUACGGUGGAACAUGCGUGGCUCCUAACACAUGUGCCUGUCCAUCUGGAUUCACAGGAAGCCACUGUGAGAAAGAUAUUGAUGAAUGUGCAGAGGGGAUCAUUGAGUGCCACAACCAUUCCCGCUGUGUUAACCUGCCAGGGUGGUACCUCUGUGAGUGCAGAAGCGGUUUCCAUGACGAUGGGACCUAUUCACAGUCCGGGGAGUCCUGUAUUGACAUUGAUGAAUGUGCCUUAAGAACUCACACCUGUUGGAAUGAUUCAGCCUGCAUCAACUUGGCCGGGGGCUAUGAUUGUCUGUGUCCCUCUGGGCCCUCCUGUUCUGGCGAUUGUCCCCACGAAGGAGGUCUGAAGCACAAUGGGCAGGUGUGGACCCUGAAAGAAGACAGGUGCUCUGUCUGUUCCUGCAAGAAUGGGAAGAUCUUCUGCCGACGGACAGCAUGUGAUUGUCUCAAUCCAAGUGUUGACCUUUUUUGUUGCCCAGAGUGUGACACCAGGGUCACAAGCCAAUGUUUAGAUCAAAAUGGACACAAACUCUAUCGAAGUGGAGACAACUGGACCCACGGCUGCCAGCAGUGUCGGUGUCUGGAGGGAGAGGUGGACUGCUGGCCACUCGCAUGCCCCAGUCUGAGCUGUGAGUACACGGCACUCUUGGAAGGAGAGUGCUGUGCGCAUUGUGUCAGUGACCCUUGCCUGGCUGAUAACAUCGCCUAUGACAUCAGGAAAACGUGUGUGGACAGCACCGGUGUUUCCAGGCUGAGCGGGGCUCUGUGGACCAUGGCUGGAUCGCCCUGCACGACCUGCAAAUGCAAGAAUGGGAGAGUCUGCUGCUCUGUGGAUUCAGAGUGUCUUCAGAAUAACUGAAGUACUUUAAAACAGACUCAUCACAGGAGAAAAAUGGACAAAAUGGCCAUCCAACAUGAUGAAGAAUAGGAGCUUCUUCUUUCUUUUUUUAAAACCACAGACGAUUACCAAAGUCUCCAUCUGAGGAAGGUGUUUGGAGGUCACCUUUGGAACUGACUUUGCUCAUUCCUGCUAACCUAGUCCAAGUGACCUACAGUGCAUUGCGUUCGAGUCUAUGGUUGUUGACAGAAUUUUCCGGUGUUGUAAAUCAUGUUUCCCUUGCCUGGUCAUUUGCAAGUACAUGGUAAAUGUUGAUGUAUUUUUUGGUUUAUUUUGUGUACUAACAUUGAUAGAGACUCAGCACCAUUGAUUAACUAUUUUUUUAUUUCUGAAUCAAAUUAUAAAAUAAAAUUGCCUAUUGUAAUUUUGCCCAGACACUGCAUACUUAGUAUUGAGAUUCUUGUGCAAUGAAUUGAUAAAAAAUAUGUAUGUAGCAGCCAACCUCAGAAAAGUUAUUAUACAUCCAACUGUUGAACAGACUUAGAUGGCCACUUGGUCGGCUCAGGCAUGCUGCAGGCAAUCAUGCUACUUUAGAGGAAGGAAGGAUGGAAACACAAAUAAGUGUUUGAAAAAGGGCUCUCCCCUUCCUCUUGCAAAAAUGAAAUAUAAACAAAACAAAAAAUAAAAUCUUAACCCACAAUUUAGAAGUAGCAGUGCUUGUAGCCCUUCUUACCUACAAAAGCAAAAUUAUCUUUAUGUUAACUUUUAUAUUAUUUAAUAACUAACAAAGCACUUCAAUCAUUAUUAAUAAAGGCAUCAUAAUAAUAGAAGUGAAUAGUAUUGUUGACCCUAUAAGACAGAAACUUAAAUUAAGGAGUCUGGUAAACCAAAAGAUUUAAAUCUACUUGAUUGAGGAUACAUCAGGUUUGGUAACCAAGGCUUCUACUUCUUGUCCCAGGCUGUUUUCCACUAAACCAUAUUGCCUUGCAUAGGAAUGAAAGGGUUCUGAGAAAAUCCAUGUGUGCGUUCAGAAGUUACUUGGAACAAUGAAUUGUUUUAUUUGAGCCACUGCAACAUUUUUAGGGAUUGUCAGGUAUAAACUAUACAGAAUGAAUAAAAUAUGUAAACGGCAUGCUCUCUGAGCUGAGAAGUCAACCUUUUCUACUUUCAGACAAAUCACAAGUUAUUCUGAAUCAAGUUAGUUCUUGGAUUUUCACUUACUCCCCCAACAUUGAAAAUACCUAAUUGUUGUAUCAGUCGUGCUAAAAAUGACACUUAACAGCUACUAGAACUUUUAGCUUAAAAUUGUAAAUAUCAGUUACUGUCAUUAUUAUUUAUUGAUAUUUAAGGUGAUAAUUGAAAUCUUUUAUAAAAAUGUAUUUCAUUAUAUGAAAUCAAUUUCAUGUGAUGACUUGUAAUAAAAAUAGAUUAAGUAUUACAUUUGACAAAGACUGAUAUAAUAUGUUAAAUUAAAGCACAUCUCUAUCUUAAUUCCCUAAAUGAAACUCUAGAGUGAAAAGUUUUAAAAUUACUCUUUUGAAAAUAUUUAUAAGAAAUCAUUUAAAAAGAAACCUCUCAUUUUUGUUGGAACUAGGAACGUUUGCAAAUUUGUGAUCAUAUGUAUGUCUGGGAUCUGUGAACUCUGGCCCUAUAUGUCAAAUCCAGAGCUUUCCCUGUUUGAUUAGAAUAGAUAAGCUUAUUAAUCUUCCAAUGUGCACAGUUACAGAGAUAGAAUAGCAGAGUAGAGUGGUUUCCACGGAUCACAUGGGGUUUAUGAAAGCCCAAAAUAUUACCAUCUUGCCUUCUAAUGAAGAAGUUUGCCUUUCUCUGGUACGGAUGAUUAUUGAACAUCGAUAUAUAUUUUAGAAAUGUUGCCACAUCUUUCUCAAGGAACUUUCAAAACUCAACAGUUUUGAGGUUGUAUAUGUACACACUUUUCUCUCUUGCCAUUAGAAUUGAUGGCUCAUUGCAGAAUAUUCUUAUUCAACAAACACGAUCAUAAGAUAAUAUUUGCUUCUCUUUAUUGAUCAUAUGGGGUGUGUUUAAUCUGGGCUAACUUGAUGACAUAACUUUAUUUUCUUUAUUGCACAGUUAAGAUAGCAGUAGCUUCUACAAAUGUGGGAUAUGCUUUCUAUAAAAUAAUGGGUGACAUUUAUGUAUUAUUAAAUAUUGAAUCAGGUGUUCUGGGGCACUUUACAUACAUGGUCUCUGCUAAACUCUACUGGGGAAAUAAAACGAUUAAUAAAACAGAA